CCCUGCUGUCGAAGCUGGAUUCCUGAAUCGAAGGCGAAAAAUAUCCAACCUCUGCUCUAGAUCUAGAUCAGAAGAGGCACUUCAGUCCUGUGUUCGUAAACGCCCACUGUUCUUGAAAAGUUUUCCUUUGACAAGAGGAAGUGAGUGCGGAUUUCCGUUCCUUUCCCAUAGUUUGUGGUACACUGGAGAUCGAGGCAAAGUCGAGUUCAGUUGCGAGACUUGGGAGGGAGUGGACGCUUCUCUCUGGUAAUUUUUUGUUGCCAAGAUCACAAAGUAGGGGUUUCAUCAUUUCCGGCGGUUCGAUCAGCAGGCACGACCCUACGCACGACCCCUACGUUAUGGAGGGCGAUGAGAUGGAGAAGAAAGGAACACGUGUCUCACUGAAGUCGAGUGCGCUUGGCCAGUCAUCCACCUCGUACAACGUGCUGGUUGAUGAAUCCAAUGGGGACACAGCUAGUGUCUGCAGUGCCGAUGAUUGCGGAACAAGUGUCGACUUGGCCCAGUACCAGGAUGGGUCAGAUGAAUACAUCCUCUCCAAAAAGCGGCUUAUUCUGCUGAAUGUGGCAUGGCUAGGGAUUAUGAUCACCACCAUGGUGCUAAUCAUUGCUGCUAUUCCAGCUCAGAUCAACUUUCUUGUGGGGCCGAAGCACAAGACGAAUACACUGGCACUCCUGGCCGCCCUGUGCUCCACUGUUGUCAUCGUCACAGCACCUACGUUCGGCUAUCUCAGCGACAACUGCCGCUCGAAAUAUGGCCGCCGUCGAAUCUACAUGGUUAUCGGUACUAUCUUAUCCUGCAUUGGACUCGCACUGGCCGCUUUGGUUGUGCCGCUCUUCAGCAAAUCUCAAGGCCUGCUGCCAACAGAUCAAGUAAAGAAUGGGACUGACGGUUGUAACGUUCACAAGCCCCGGUGCCCAUCUUCUAACCUCACCGACCCUCGUAUCGCUCUCCCGACGGACAUCAACUCGGGAGAUGUCGGCCUGUACAUCCUGUGUAUUGGUGUGUUCUUCUUCGGCAAUACCAUGAUGACGACGGCAUACACUGGUCUGAUUGCUGACAAGACACAUCCGUCGGCAAGAGGUUUCAGCUCUGGUGUUGUAGGCGUCAUGAUGCUGACAGGAAACUUAAUCGGUGCUGGCCUGGGAAUGUUUGCUGAUCAAAUUCAAGUCGGAGGAACUUUUGCCGUCUUGGCAGCUAUUUGCUUCAUCAGCACUAGCGUCACCUGCGCAACCAUACAGGAGGCACCAACGCACACUCUGCCUGCAAGGAAAAUGCAAAUGUCUAUCAAGGAUCUGCUUUGGGGCUACGUUAGUCCGUUUAAAUCAUCCGACUUUAGCUGGGUGUUCAUCACGCGUUUCUUGCUACAGAUGGGUCUUGCCUCAAGCGUCGGAUUCCUGGAGUACUGGCUGGAUGACGUCGUGCGCCUGCCUGCCUGCAUGUCGGCCAUGCGCGCAGUGUCCCUGCUCUUCAUACCGUUCAUGGUGGCCGGUGCUGUCUCAUCCGGUGUUGGCGGCAUUCUCACCGACAGAUUCCAGAGGAGGAAGAUCUUCGUCUAUGUCUCUGGUGCCACGAUGACGACGUGCUGCCUGAUAUUGACAUUCACGCGCGUCUACUGGCUGGCAGCACUCACCAUGGUCAUUCUGGGUCUGGGCUAUGGAGCAUUCGUGUCUGUUGAUCUGGCAAUGGUGUUCGAUGUCUUGCCAAAUGCGGCAGAGCGCGCCAAGGAUUUGGCUGUCUGGCAUCAGGCGCUGGUUUUGCCACAGAUCAUUGCCACACCGAUUGCCGGUAUCAUCGUGCACGCCUUCCAGGAAGUGCAUAUCGGCUCGUCCGGAAAGCUUGGCUGUGCCUACGGCCUUGGCUACACGAUCCUGUUCGGGCUCACAGCGCUCUACUUCCUGCUCAGCGUUCUCUUUGUUCGUAAAAUCAAAAAAGUUGCCUAAUCUGCUAACGUGAGUGCAUCUCGCUUGACCACUUUCAGCUCGUAUAUUAUCGCUGGAAAUCGGCCUUGAGUCUAUUUUUUCUUUCUCUUGUACCUAUUACGUUUUCUAUCCACAAUUCUGCAUUGUUCUGUCGCAUUUAUUUGACGUUCUUGUUUUGCUCAUCUGUGUACUGUAGUCCUUGAGCAGGGUGGCACGGUGGUGCCGCUGCUCACCUACAUUUGUCUAACUUCCACGUUCUUUCUACUCGGACCUCUCUGUGUCCUCGGAGCUAGUAUUGUUAUAUCGGACUGCCAUUUAGAGUGUUCGCACUCGCGCUGCAAGCGCGCUGUCACGACGGGAGAAUGGUACUUGGAUAGGUGUUAUCGCUUAGUGUUCUUGUUUCGUUUUCGACCUGUGUCGAAGGAACUCGCUUUGCCGCUACAUGUACUGGAUCGUGCCGAAUGGCACAUAUUUCUUCACGUCACUGCUUUGCAUGUCCUGAACACCGGUGGUGUGUCCACAGCACCCUGUUUACCGAUCACAAUGUCCUUGGUUUCUUUCUAUUUAUCUCUCUCUCACUCUAUCUAUCGAUCUAUCUAUCAAUCUAUCAAUUUAUCGAUCUAUCAAUCUAUCUCUCUCUCUCUCUCUCUCUCUCUCUCUCUCUCUCUCUCUCUCUCUCUCUCUCUCUCUCUCUCUCUCUCUCUCUCUCUCUCUCUCUCUCUUGCUUUGCUCACACCUGUACUCGAAGUACAUCAUUUGUCUGGCAGCUUUGUCUCUUCUUCUUUCUGCAAUUUUGUGUUACUUCUCUAUUUUAUGAUAGGCUUUCAUUCAACUGACUUUUUCAUUCAACGCACAAGACGCCACAUAGAUAUGCUAUGCUUGUGGGCUACCUGAACGACAAUAUGUGUUCGUCUUCA